AUGGCGUACAUCAUUGCCGUCAACGCCUCAAUCGUAUCGGAUUCCGGCGGUACCUGCGUCUGCCCUCACACUGCUGCAGACCCUACUUGCGAUAAAGACGCAGACUACAUGCUUUGCACCCAGGAUAUCAAGCGCGACAUUGUGACGGCCACUGCUGCCAUAUCGGCACUAUCGUGCUUCUGCAUGGGACUCUUUGCCAACUUGCCGGUUGCUCUGGCGCCAGGAAUGGUUGGCUAUCAUGGCACCGGCCUGGUCCCGUACCGGGUAGCCCUCACCGCCAUCUUCGUCGAAGGUUUCAUCUUUCUCGGUCUUGCCAUCCUCGGACUGCGACAGUGGCUUGCCAGAGCGAUUCCCCACUCCAUCAAGGUGGCCACGGGCGUUGGUAUUGGCUUGUACCUGACUCUGAUUGGACUCACGUACAGCGAAGGCAUUGGUGUCGUCGUUGGAGCCACCGCGACGCCUGUGGAACUCGCGGGAUGCUCUCCUGAGAAUCGCCUUGCCGAUGGCACAUGCCCCAGCUGGGACAAGAUGCGCCACCCUGCCAUGUGGAUUGGAAUAUUCUGCGGUGGAAUCUUGACUGUGAUCCUGACCAUGUUUCGAGUCAAAGGUGCCAUUAUUAUCGGCAUCCUUCUCGUCAGCAUCGUUUCGUGGCCUCGCACGACACCGGUCACCUACUUCCCCUACACCGACGUCGGCAACAACUCGUUUGACUUCUUCAAGAAGGUCGUGACUUUCCACCCCAUUCAGCACACGCUCAAUGUCCAGGACUGGAACGUUUCCGAAUACGGUGGGCAGUUUGGCCUCGCCCUCAUUACCUUCCUUUACGUCGAUAUCCUCGAUGCCACCGGCACGCUGUACUCCAUGGCCCGGUUUGCCGGCCUCAUGGACCCUGUGACGCAAGAUUUUGAGGGCUCGGCCGUUGCAUACAUGGUUGACGCGCUGUGCAUCUCCGUCGGUGCUGUCCUCGGUGUUCCUCCGGUCACGGCGUUUGUCGAGUCCGGUGCUGGCAUCUCCGAAGGUGGUAAGACGGGCUUGACAUCCAUGGCUACUGGUCUCUGCUUCUUCAUCGCCGUCUUCUUCGCUCCCAUCUUCGCCUCGAUUCCCCCCUGGGCCACGGGCUGUGUUCUUAUCCUCGUCGGAUCAAUGAUGGCCGGUGCCGUUCCCGAAAUCAACUGGAAAUACAUGGGAGAUGCCGUCCCCGCCUUCCUCGCCAUUUGCCUCAUGCCUUUCACGUACUCGAUUGCCAAUGGCUUGAUCGGCAGCAUCUUCUCGUACAUCAUCAUCAACGUCACGGUGUGGCUGGUCAAAAAGCUGUCCGGCGGACGCAUAUUACCGUCCAACAUGGACGAGCAGGAGAACUGGACGUGGCGCAUCCCCGGAGGCUUUCUUCCCCCGUGGUUGGUUCGUCUGGGAAAGGGCCAGAAGGACUUUUGGCGGGAGGAUCCGCCGCCCACCGAGGCUGCCGUUCAGCACAAGCUCAGCUCCGACGAGCAGGGCUCGGAUGCCGGGCCAGAGGCUAGUAAUCCUUUGCAAGUGGCCCCGGUCAAGGCAUAG